AUGACUGGAUGCCCCAACUUCAAACAGCCCGUUCUCGGACACUUUCCGGCGUCUUCGAAACUUGGUGUAGCUAACAAAAAGCCGUCUUUCGGCACGCUGAACAUACUGGUGAAGACCCCGUCUCGCUACGACAUCUGGUUCUCGAGUUAUGACAAAACGAGUCAUUUUACAGUAACCCAAAGUAAAGUAAGAUUUCGAAAAAAAGAUAACGGGAAAGUUUCUUAGAAUGGUACGUAACUACAGUUUUCCAAGUUUAAAGGAAAUUGAAGCAGUUUGAUUUUUCGUGUAGCCAGGGUUGUUUACCUGCGCUUGACUUUUAGAAAAAUUGUGUUUUAACGCGAAAAAAGGCCUUUUAGCGUUAUAAAGUAGAAGAAUUCAACACUACAACGCCUGUGGUAACUUUGUCAUUGGCGGUAGAGCAAAAAUUUUUAUAGAUCUACAUAGCCCGAAGUCUCAGCAUUAUUUGAAUUUUUGGAGGGUGCUUGUAGGCCCAAGUAGAGGAAAGUUAUGGCUCAAAUACUACCACCAGUCCGUAAUUUUGGACGUAAAAAGUCACUCCGAUUGAGAAUUGGCGCAAUCCUCAUUUUCCUGCCGUCUCUCCCGUUUCGCAUGCAUUUCCUCUGUUCCCUCGCUCACUCAUAUUUCUAUUUUCUUUAUUUUGCGUUCGUGAAACAGGCCCCAGGAAGCCCAAUCCCGAUGCACCCAAUCAAAACGUCCAAUGUUCGUUCUAGCUCAUCGGUCUCGUGCCUUGUUUGUGGCCUCAGCGAGUCUUCGUGGCCAAGGUUUCGCAGUCUUCUUGCAUCUGGAUUCGGAUUCCUGGAAAAUGUUAUGUUUCACUAGGUGUUUUGGUGAAGAUUUUGCCUGUAACUCGACAAAAACCAUCAGCACUCCUGGCCGUUUCUUUGGGAAGCUACAUCCAUUUCCACACUUCGUUAUGUCAAAAGGUACCUAAAAUCGUUCAACCGCAAAAAAUAUAGGACCAGCGAAAUUUUGUGCCGAGCUGCUCCGAAUAAGAAAACACAAAAAGCAUACCUUUUUCAGCCAUCUCCACUGACCUUUCACCUCUGUUCCAUUUAUAGCAACAAAAAAAACGAAUUUUUUAUUUUCUAUCAAGAGACCAUCCGUUUUGGGUCCCGGAAACAUUCCUUAUUUGCGCCUUGGCUUGUAGAACCUCGCGUUUUUUGCCGAAGUCUUACAACGUAUUUUACAAGUAUUUCUUUGCCGCCCUGCAUAAUAUGUGAUAUUAUUCCAGAACUCCUGCGAAUUCCGCGGCCAAUAUUACAAAUUUGGCGACGCGUUUCGUCCGGACGUUUGCUCUCGAUGUGAAUGCUCUUCCUUGGGGAUCGUUUGCAAGAGGUUCGUUUGCCCACCCAACUGCAGGAACCCCAAGUAUCUCCCACAAGUCUGCUGUCCCUUCUGUGACCAUCGAAAGGACCGAGAAGAGAAGUUGUGCUAUGUUCAGAUCAAUGGGAAAAUCAACAUGUAUAAGGUGGGAUAUUUUAUUAUAUUUUUUGUGUUUUAGAAUUGCCGUGUGAGUCAUCGAUUGCGACCAAGUUUGGCGGUAUUUUGGAGACCUUCAGAACUCCUUAUGAAUUUUUCAAAACAUGACGUUUUAGCCUCAAAAAAUCUCACUUUUAGAAAUUUUGGUAAUUCUAAGACUAGAUUUUUUGAUGAAAUUCUCAAAUUUAAGACCGCGUUAUGCAGAAACCUAUCCUUGUUUUCAAGAACUCGUUUCUCUAAUCUCUUCAGGAAUCGGAUGAAUGGAAUCCGGAGCCCUGUUCAAUUUGCAAAUGUCACAACGGCGAGAUUUCCUGUCACAUCAAGACUUGCCCGGCCCUUCAAUGUCAAGAACUCACCGAAAACCCAAAGGACAAAUGCUGUCCGGUUUGUAAAAUACGUGAAGAUUCGGUCCCAAUUGUUCGAAAACCCCGAGAACCUGGCUGUCGAUUGACCAAAAAGGGAAUGAUGACGUCAUUUGAUGGAGAGGCUUUCAAAUUGGACUCGGGAUCUUGCGAAUUCGUGAUGACACAACGAUGCGCUCUUGAUGGGUAAGGGUCUUCGAUUUAUUAAAAAUUUUCAAUGCUUACGAAUUUGGUUUGAGAUUUUUUGCACAGUGCAUCAAUUUUUCAAGCGCAUCCGCACCAUGCGACAAAAGUUCUUUCAAAUUUUUCGCACUGUGCGAAGAAGUUUUGAAAUUACCCGCACAGUGCAUCUUCUUUUGAUUUUCGCACUGUGCAAUUUCUUCCUUUUCCCAAAUUUGUCGCCACACUUGCACAAUGCGACAAAAUUUCUUUCAAGUUUUUUGCACCGUGCGAAGAAGUCUUGAAAUUUUCCGCACAGUGCAUCUUCUUUUGAUUUUCGCACUGUGCAAUUUCUUUCCUUUCCCAAAUUUGUCGCCACACUUGCACAACGCGACAAAAUUUCUUUCAAGUUUUUUGCACCGUGCGAAGAAGUUUUGAAAUUUUCCGCACAGUGCAUCUUCUUUUGAUUCCGCACUGUGCAAUUUCUUUCCUUUCCCAAAUUUGUCGCCACACUUGCACAACGCGACAAAAUUUCUUUCAAGUUUUUUGCACCGUGCGAAGAAGUUUUGAAAUUUUCCGCACAGUGCAUCUUCUUUUGAUUCCGCACUGCGCAGUUUUCCCUUUUUCGAAUUUGUCGCCCCGCUUGCACGGUGCAAAAAAAUGCCUUCAAAUUUUUCGCACUGUGCGAAGCUUCUUCAAAAUCUUUCGCACAAUGCAUCUAUCGCCUCGCUUGCACGGUGCGGAAAAGUUUCCUUCAAAUUUUCCGCACCGUGCGAUUUCUUCAAAAUUUUUCGCACAGUGCAAAUCUAAACGUUGGUUGCACUGUGCAACUAAACCUUUAUUCAAACCUUUGAGAUAAAGUCAACUUUCAUUGUUUUAGCAAUUAAAAAAUAAUUUUUCAGCAAUGCCUCGCCAUUUAUCAUCACCAUCAAGACCUCUGCCAACGGGGCUCCGAAGAAAAUUGGGAUCGAAUUAACUGUUCCGAAUGGAUUUCGGCUCGGAAAAAUGUACUUGCUCCAUGGAAAGGUAAGGAAGAAUAUAAAUCGCAUUCAGAGAGUAACUAUGACUUGUUUAGGAGCUAAAAUACCGUAAUCGUCGGAUCAAAUUGCCUCGAGAAUCGGAUCGUUUCAACGCUUUUAUCGAUUCCAACGAUGAUUUGAAUGUGAAGUUGCAUGGGACUGGUGUUACUUUGAAGUGGGGACCGCACAGUGAUAUUCGCAUUGACGUGAGUUUCAAGCGCCAUAAGAAAUUUAUUUUUUUUAAUUAUUAUUUAUCUGUUUGCGCAUCAAUUUCAAGUCAAAAAUCACAAAUUUCUCGCCAUUUUUUAUAAAAAUUCAAUUUUUCACCCUAAAAUUAUCCAAAAGCUUGUGAAUUGCCACCUCCCUCUCCAAUUUUCCAACUAAAAAUCCGUUUUCAGGCCGACAAAUCGAACGCCCACAUCCUCUGCGGUCUUUGCGGCAAUUUCAACGGGCAUCCCAGCGACGACCAUUGGCCACAGUUUGGGCUUGGCCCAGCUGCCUCCACUUUUGAGUUCAUUGAGUCCUGGAAAACAGAUUCUGAAUGCGGGAUGGAGGAUUUAUACGGCCAAAGCGAAAGGGAUGUUUUGGAAAUGGAAACCGAAGAAGAUGAGGAGCUUGAGGAUCAGUACGUUGGGAAGUUAAAGUGGAAAUCUGAUUUUUUGAGAUUGCUAGAAAUUGGGAGGGGUUUUAAAAUUGGUUUGACUUUACUAGUGGCGGAAAAAAGUCCUUAGAAUUUUUCGCGGCCCCCAAAUCUCGUCGCACUCCGAAAUGUUGAUUUGUCGCGGGAAUCGCGCGCGACAAUAAGGCAAAAUCAAGAAAAUUGCACAGUGCAAAAGCACUUUUCGGGUUCAUGCACAGUGCAGAGUCGCAGAAAAUUCUAAGGACUUUUUUCCGCGAGUAGUAUUUGGCGACACUUUGGAGAUUAAAAUUGAUGUAGCACUUAUAACAAUAUAACUAUAGAUUUCCAUGUUGGUUAUGACGUAACCGCAGGAGUCGUAUUUUAAAAACGUCUAGGAGUCAUUUUACGCAAAUUUUGCAAUAUUAAUCCCAGCUUAGAGCACCAGUUUCGACGUCCGGACCUUAUAAAUGCUAGAUAUUGAUGACUUAGUUGAUAAAUCCAUAUUUUUAUCGGGGAUUCUCAAUCCUUUUACUAUGAGCUUUUUUAGAACUGUCAGAUCCUAAUUUACAACCCUAACCUUAUUUCAUCAAGUGUACUUGACUUACAUCGUGAUGUACUUGACCUUAUACUAGGUCAAAUAUUUUUCUAUUAGAUACGUGCAGAAAGCCAAAAAGCUUUGUAGAUGGUCUAAAAUGGCCUAUAAUUAAACAUUAUGGCCGCGAAACCUUUGCUCUACAACCAUCGCCUCUCAAACCAGCUUAUUUAUCUUAUACUUGACACUUGCCCAUAAUAAUCCCAGUUUUUCAGCUGUUCCAAACUCAUUUCGCCAUCGCAUCGUGCAGAACGUCGGAAGUACUCUCGAAAUUGUAAGAAAAUCAAGAAGAUGUCCCUCCUUUCGUCCUGCCGUUCCACCUUUCCCUAUUCGAAAUUCCUAAAAGACUGCACAGUGCAAGUUUGCAAAUGCGAGGAAAAGAAUCGACGAAGAAAACGGCAGAACCACCGACUCCAGGAGCCCUGUUACUGCCGGCCCAUCCACAAUUAUGUUGGAGAAUGUGCGAGAAGAGGCCUGCUGACUGUGGGAGGCGCGGAUCUCAUGAAUUUGGAGGGAAAAGUCGUUUUGCAUCCAAAAUGUCAGGAUUUUAAACUCGGAAUAUAA